AAAGAGCGCUAACCUUUAUUUAAAAAGAAUUGUUUGGGAAAAAUAACUUCCAGUUUUAGAGAAAGAGUCAAAUUGUUCAUACAGUAAACUCAAGUCCCACAAUAAAUAUUUGAAAAUUAUUAAAGUUUUUUUUCUUGAUACAUUUUCAAGAUUUUGUUUCUUAGUAUUGUUUAUAAAUUGUCAUUGCACAGACCAGUUGUAAAACAGCUCAGUUCUUUAAAGAAGAUAACUUAGUGAUGAGAAAUUGAAGAAUCCAGAAGAAUAAUUGCCUUUUUAAAAAUAAUUAAUUAAAUAUAAAAGAGUUGGAAAGAAAAAGUGUUGUACAAUCUAAAUUAGAGAAGAAAUCAAAGUGAAAAUAAGAAGCAGAGUGAAAAAACUAAUAAUAGAAGUCAAGCAAAGCUAUAUAAGAAAAAGUUGAAAGAAUCCAAAGUGAAAUUAAAGUUUUUUUUAAACAAAUUAAAACAGAAAAAAAUACUAGGAAGUCAAAAUGACAAAUAUUGAGAAUAGCCGGAACUGUUUACGUCGAAUUAUUCACGACGAUAAAGAAUUUUCAAACCAAAGUAUCAUCAAUGUCAUUGAGAGAUUUGUAAAAAGUGUUAAUAUGAUGGAAGAGACGAUUUUGAUUCCAUCACGGCUAAUGGAUCGUCAGGUUGGAGACGCUACUGAUACUGUCAAACCAGCAGUUGAAAAGACAUAUCAUCAUCAUCACCAUCAUCACCAUAACAAAAAGAAAUCAUCAAACAAUAUUCAUGAUUGUUUGGGAAAUACAGAUUUAUUUAAUCUCUACAGUAUGUUAAAUUCAGUUAAAGUUGAUUUAUUGUGGGGCCGUAAUGGUCAAGAAGAGGAAACGACUGAGACAAACAACAAGAACAAUGAACGAAGUUGUGAAAUUAACACUAGAACAGAUGUUGUAAAUGUGACUGAGAAUUUAUCGGCUCCACAACAGACAACAAAUUCAGCAACUACAGAAUCACGAAAAGGUGGUCACGUUCGUCAACCAAGCACAGUGUCUUUAUCAUCCUCAAAUUCAAGCACGAUUAGUGAUAGCGAGAGUGAAAUUUCAUCAAAUGAAAAUGAUUCAGGAAUUGAGUCAGAAAAGCAACAGAAUAAGGAUAGAAGUCUUGAGGUAUCGAAACAAUUCCGUACACAUCUGCUAGGUUUAUAUAAAAGUCUCGAGCAAAUGACUGAGGCAGCCAGUUAUUUAACAGCGCGCUAUCAAAGUGAUAUGGGAGGUUGUUAAGAAAUUAUACACAUCCAUUACAUACUGUUCUUUUUUUUAUACUUUAAAUAAUUUCUGUUUUGCAUGAAAGUAGUAGGAUGCUCUCUCUAUCUACAUUAUCGUCUGUUCUCGUUCGUUCUUUAAUUCGUGCUCAUUAAAGACUUCUUCUUUCUCGUUCUUCAUGAAAAAAAAAAUGUUUAAGUUUCUUUCUAUAAACAAGUUUUUGAGCUUAAGAACCAGAAAAAAAUUUUCAUCGAUAUGCAUUGAGUAAAAAUGUGCAAAUUAGAUUAGAACCAUACAAA